AUGCCCUGGCAGCCGCUUCCCCGGAUCGCCUUCGCCGUUGCGACGUACCCCUUCGCCGCCGAGAGCCCGGCCGACCUGCCUCUCGAGAUUGGCGAUGAGCUCUACAUCAUCGAGGAGACGCCCGAUGGCGCCUGGCUGAGGGGCUACCUGGUCGCGCCCCCCAGCCUGCUGGCUGGCUUGACCUCGGUCAAGGGCCAGACGCUGGAGGCUCGAGUCUUCAGCGGCAUCUUCCCUCGCAGCUGUGUCGAGGUGCGAGAGAUGCUCGGCGGCGCCGACGAGCCGGACGACACCGUCGACGACGACGACGACGACUACGAGGAUGCGAGGGGCGACGAGCCGAUCAGCGACACCACGGGCUCGGCCGACAAUCGUCCCGCAAGCGAUUCCGCCAAGAGCGGCUUUACCAGCGCGAAUUCGCCCACCAAACGAACCCACCGCGAGAAGACAACGAGCCUCCACAGCAAUGGCAGGAGGAGACCGUUGAGCGAGCUUCCCAAUGGCACCCUCGGCAACCUGUCAGUCCCCGUCAAGAGAGACCCCAAUGCGCCUCGACCUGCGGCCCCUGUCCCCAUGCUCAAAAUCGGCGACGAGACACCGACCUCGGCUGCCGAGCCAUUGAUCGACGAGAUCGCAUCGUGUUUGCGUGAAUGGCACUCCAAGUAUCUUCACGAGCUUCUCCUGUCCCGCAAGUACGCGGAGCUGGACAAACUCUCCCAGCUCAUCGCGCGCCUCAACCUUCACCGCCAGCAGUUCCUCUACAACGUCCUCACCACACACGAAUACGAGCGGCUACGGGAGCAGACUGUCUGGGACCUCGUCACGCUAAACAAGCUUUGCGGCGGAGAGGUCAUAGUGCGCGACCCUGCCGCUCGCGGCCGAGUUUUGACAGGUGACGACUCUGUCGUGGACGUCACCAGAUUGCAAUCGCAAAUGAGCUUGCUGGACGAGCCCCCACAGCCGGCCGUCGAGUUGUCCAGCCUGCAUCACAUCCUGCUGGAUGUGAAAGGCUUCGCAGGGUCCACCAAUGAAGAAACAAGCUUGGUGCUGUAUCUUGCCAGCAAACCCCGCCACGGCAGCAUGUCAAUGUUGUCCGAAUGCUUCUCCGUCGACAUACCCGCGGGCGGCGCGAUAGAAGGGUUCACUCAGAGCUCAUCGAUGCGGACCCUCUUCACCGAUCUCUCUGCCCAAGACAUUGGCGACGCGCCGGCGGCCGAGUCCGAGCUCUACCUUGUCGUCAAAGUCUUGGCGCUGCAACGAAUAGCCUCGUCACAGCCCAUCUCUCGCACCGGCACGGGCAGCGAGCAUAACCACCCAGGAGAUAAUUCCAAAGGAGCCCCAACCACGGCAAAGUCCUCUAGGAGGAGCUUGAUGUGGGGCAGCAAGAAUGGCCGAUCAACCAUGUCGAGAGGCCAAGGCGUGUCCAGGACGGACUCGGUCUCGGACCGGCAGGGAAGCUCAUAUCGAGCUACCACGGCGGAGAGCAGAGAUGGCCACGGACCGCCGACCACUGCAGGGUCAAGGGCUGUUGCAUUUGCAGAACCCGCACACAUGGCCCAACGCAUCGUUGGAGUGGGUGUGUCGAGACUCAACGAUCUGCUGAAACACGACGAUGAAAUUGAGCAGCUUAUCGGUAUUUGGGCGCCGACCGCCCGGCCAGGCCAUGAAAAGGAGCAGAAGGAAGAGGGGGAUUCGCUCAUUCGAGAGCUACUGGACAAACCUAGCGGGCUUCUCGAAAAGUCACGGCGAGGAGAGCGGCUCCAAGUUGGCCUGCAGAUGUUCAAUCAUCCCGACGCCGACGCUUUGAUCAAAGCCACACCGACCCUGCUAUCGGGGGUGUCUACCACCAACAGGAUUGGCUUCUCUGCUGCUCCGACAAAGGCGAGGUCAGACAUUUACCUCACGAUCAAUACGGCGGCCUUGGCUCGCCAGAAUUUACUCUCGAGGUUCGGUGGCAGCGCGACCAGCAUGCCGCCGGGCUUGCAGGGAACGAAUCUCCAGGUCACGCUCGAGGUUCGAGGCCCCUCGGGUCAGCGGAUCGAAAAUUGCAUCCACACAGCGUCCAACAUGCAGCCUGUUACCACGUUCAAGUCGGUGGCUGCAGAGAGAGGCGAAUCGUGGAAGCAGACGCUUCGGCUCUCCUUGUCACCUCGCGAUGUAUCGACAGCUCACGUCGUCAUGUUUCUGGCUGACAUUCCCAAUCCGCCCUUUGCCGUGGCACACAUGCCGCUAUGGGACCAGCAAGCUUUCAUAAGAGACGGCCAGCACGGGCUGCUGCUCUACAAGGUGGACGAGCACACAUCGACGGCGGAAGCCGGGCCCACGGGCAGAGGCGGCUACCUGUCACUGCCGUGGGCGCCACGCGGCUGGGAUGAGCACUCCGCCGAGGUGACCGGGCCUUUGGCCGUGUUGCUCGUCGACUCGUUCCUGUGCAGUACAAGAUUCUCACAAGACCGCGUCAUCCUGGGCAUUCUCAAAUGGAAAGACCUUUCCCAGGACGAACUAUCCGCCACACUGAGACAACUGACCUUUGUCCCCGAAAUUGAGGUCGUCAAGCUGCUGAGCGAUGUCCUGGACGGGCUGUUCGGCAUGCUCGUGGAGAAUUCAGGCAACGAGGAGUUUGAGGAUCUCGUGUUCACGGCCUUGGUCCGAGUCCUGGGCAUCGUGCACGACAGGCGAUUCAACCUCGGGCCUCUGGUCGACACGUACGCCGAGAACCAGUUCAAUUACCCCUUUGCCACCACCAGCUUGGUGCGAUCCUUCACGCGCCUGCUCGAGAACCCUACCGAACCUGAGAUUGCCCGGAAGCUGAGAGCCACGUUCAAAGUCGUGCGACACAUCCUCAAGUUCAUCACACAUGCCCGACAUCAAAUGAAGGUCAAGGAAGCUGUCAUAGGAAUCAAGUCGUCUCCCCAGGGCUUUACGCGACAGUUGCGAGUCAUCUUUAAGGCACUGGACGCAAUGAUGCGCAACACCGCCCCUUCCCUGGUCGGUAGCCAGACUCUGGCCGUCCAGCACUUCCAUACCUGGCUCCCGGAACUCAGCGGCUUACUGAGCACGGAAGAAAUCCUCCACAUUGCCAUUGACUUCAUGGACUCCUGUACGAACGUCAAGGGCAAGCUAAUUCUGUACAAGCUGCUAUUGAUCAUAAACUAUUCCAAACUUGAUCUGUUUGCACAUCCGGAACAAAAGGCCGCCCUGGCGGCGAAUACCGUCCGCUGGAUCUCGCCGCAUUGGGGGCAUCCUGACAUGGUCAACGACCAAUGGAGAGACCAAGUCCGCCUGUGCUGCUCCAUCAUUGCCAGCCAGGUCGACUACUUGGGCCCAGAGAUUCCGGACCACCUGCCAAGAAUCAUCGACUCGUACCUCGCGAUCCUGGCAUCUCCACGGAAGUCACGGGACCGCCUAUCUCUCCUAUUCCCUGCGUCAUACCCUUUCCCGUCCAAACCUGUCCAGGACGGGCUCGCGUACGACGAGGCGUUGGCGGAACUGUCUGCAGUGCUCUCAGCCGUGUCAAAGUCAUCGGCGGGUAUGCAACUGGAGUUGGCGGAAGGAGAUCUUGCCGUCAUCCUUGAAAAUCUCCUGCGCGUUCACAAAAGCAUCCUCUCGGGCGAAGCGUUCCCGGCCGGCUGGCUCAGCGUACACAUUUACCACCAUAAGUCGACCAUGUCCACCCUACAGUAUCUCGCGGGAAUCUUGCUUGAGUCGUUCCUCCCCGAUCCUGACGAUGCCGAGACCUUCAACACGGAGCUUUGGAAACUCUUCUUCACUACGCUUCUGAAGCUCGUAGGGAGCUCGUCUCUCGCCCUCGAGACGUUUGCGGAACAAAAACGCCGAGCCGUGUGGAAGAUUGCUGGCGACGUCAGGGAACAUGGCGCGGACCUUUUGCGCAAGACCUGGGAGGCCAUCGGCUGGGAGACAACGACGGACGAGCGCACCCGCUAUGGCUUGUCCAAGAUUGGCGGAUACCAGGUACAAUACGUGCCUACCUUGGUGGGCCCCAUUGUCGAACUGUGUCUAAGCGUCCACGAAGGUCUUCGCAGGAUGGCAGUCGAGGUCCUGCAGACCAUGAUUGUCAGCGAGUGGACUCUCAGCGAAGACUUGACCGUCAUCCAGACUGAGAUGAUAGACUGCCUGGACCACUUCUUUAAGUCGAAACCUCUGACGGAGAGCAUUCUGCAAAAGUUGUUUGUGAGCGAGCUUGUUGACCGGUUCGAGCCUCUGGCCGAUAUUCCCGGCGAACCGCUCUACAUGGCCGUCCAGGACCUCGUCGCCACGCUAGACGAGUUCCUCGAGUUGCUCGUUGCGGUACACAGCGGCGACGGCAGCAACGAGGCGUCCAACAUCAUCAACCGGCUCCGACUGAUGGAGUUCCUGCGGGACAUGCAGAAGGAGGAGAUAUUCGUGCGAUACGUCCAUCAGCUGGCGAGCUUCCAGGCAGAGUCGGGGAACCAUUCCGAGGCGGGUCUGGCGCUUCGUCUGCACGCAGACCUCUACGAAUGGGACCCAACCAAGCAGACACCGGUCCUCGCUGAUCCAGGGUUCCCGGUGCAGAACAUGUUUGAACGCAAGGAGAGGAUCUAUUUCGACAUGAUUAAGCAUUUUGAGGAGGCUGAGUCGUGGAGCAACGCGUUGACGGCGUACAAGGAGCUCCAAGCGCAGUACGAGUCCAAUGUGUUUGACUUUGCCAAGCUGGCAAGGACGGAGCGAGCUAUUGCGACCAUCUACGAGAAGAUCUCCAAGAGCGAGAAGCUCGUGCCGCGGUAUUUCAAAGUCGUAUACAAGGGCCUUGGUUUCCCGUCGGGGAUCCGGGACAAAGAGUUUGUUUACGAGGGCUCGCCGGCAGAGCGAGCUUCCGCCUUCACCGACCGCAUGCAAGAGCAAUACCCGUCGGCGCAGAUCGUCACCAACGGCGAUGUCGAUGACGUGGAGGGCCAGUUCCUGGUGGUGUCAGCCAUCACACCUCACCGCGACCUGACCCACCCAGUCUUCCAGAGGGCCAGGGUGCCACAGGCAGUCCGCGACUUCUUGCUCUCGUCUCACCCGCAAUGCUUUUCUUAUACCACCAAGCGUAUCACGUCCGGGCCCGUGGAGGAGCACUACGCGGAGAAGGUGGUGUUCACAACGGCCGAGCCCUUCCCCACGUUGCUCCGGCGGAGCGAGAUCGUCGACGCCCAAGAGAUUCUGCUCGGCCCCCAUGACACCGCGUUAGAGCGAAUUGUCCGCAAGACCCAAGAAAUGACAACCCUCGAACGUCGCAUCGUCCAAGGUGACACGGCCAUUACUCAGCUUCUGGUAGAUGCCAUAUCAAUAUCCGUCGAUCCAUCGUCGGAACAUAGCGUCGUCUGUUAUCGCAACCUUCUUCCGGAACGCCAGGCAGGCAGCGAAGACAGUGGUCAUGGCGGAGAGAUUGAGCUCGAGCCAAGAGAUGCCGCCAUAAGGAUGGCGCUUGUUGAUCAUGCCAUCAUGAUCAAGCGCUGCCUGGCCAUGUUUGCUCACAGCACCAACGACGUCCUCUCGCAAAGGCACGAGGAACUUCAGAGAUACUUUGAGAGGACGUACGAGCCGGAAAUCGCUACGUUUGCGCCUCCGCCGCCUUCACCGCCACAAGAGACCGUAUCGACUCCCUCCACGGCGUUCCGGCAGUCUCUAUCCUCCAACGGACACAGCCCGCAGUGGCCUAACAUUGCAAGUCCCUUGAGCGGGGACCGUGGAGAAGAGGUAUCCGUCGUCCAUCAGGUUGCGCUACGGCAUAGGAGCGCGAGACUCAGCCUCCUGGGUGGUCGUAAGCAGGAACCCGAGCGACCCCAGGAGGAACCGCAGGUCAACGGCGAGGCCGAGUCCAAGGUCGAGCACAGCCGAAGCGCGAGCAAGGGGGCGGGCCGACGACAGAGUCUCUUUCGAUCGCAGUCGAUAGAUGAGACCCCCUCGGCGGACAUGCCGGCACAGACGCGGAGGAGCAGCUCCGCGAGCAGGCAGAGUCUGGACAGAGGCUCCGUCCGAUCUGACAAGGAGUUUGAGGCAGAAGGCCUCAGCAUCGUCAAGCGGGGCAGCGUGAGGAAGAGGUUCAGCAUGCUCAAGCUGGGCAAGAAGAGCAGCAAGACGGGCUCGGCGAUGAGGAGCGUCGACGAGGAGUAA